AUGACUGAAAAUAAUAACAAUAUUGAUGACAACCCAGUGGAAGAAUUCAUAAAAAACUUUAAACGAUGUUUGAUUGACGUCAAUGAUGAAGUUGUGGAGGGCAUAGUUGAUUCAGGCUCAAAAUGUCCAAUUAUCACUUAUGAGGUUGCGAAAAAAUUUGGUUUCAUAAAAGAUAAAAGUUUACCCAAUGUUAUCAAUGAAGUGGUAUAUGAUAUUGUUAAGCAAGUAUCGGGUAAAAAAAAUCUGGAUCUCUCUUCACCGAUUACUGGAGAUAGUGAAACCGAGAUUCAGCAAGAUAUUAUAAACUCGAUAACAAACUCGGACAUUUCUCGAAGAAAUCAUACACCAUCUGAGGUUAAAAGAAAAAAGAGAUUUUUAAACAAUACCGCAUCUGAGUCCUCAUCAUCGUCUUCAUCCUCAUCCGGGUUCGACUCUGAAUCGUCUAGCUAUGAAGCGAAAACCAUUGUUCCGCAAUAA